AUGAGUGUGGAGGCGUACGGGCCGAGCUCACAGACUCUAACGUUCCUCGACACGGAGGAGACCGAGCUGCUGGGAGCGGACACCCAGGGCUCCGAGUACGACUUCACCGACUUUACCCUGCCGAGCCAGACCCAGACCCAAGGCCAAACCCAGAGCCAGCUGGACAGUCAGGUGCGUGUGUGUUUAACAGACAGAUCUGUGAUACUGUGUAAAACACUCGUCUUCUGCGGUGUUGACAUUAGAUAUAUGAGCUCUCUGACGUUAGCUAACAACACCAGUGGCUACCUCCGGUUAGCAUGAUGACGUCUUCCAACAGUUACCAUGCUCUUAUCGAGCUAAUUGCCUAGCAUGCUUGCUAACUAGCUCCCACUGUUAGCCUGCUGACAGCUCAGUCAGCCUGCUGACACAGCCAGCAUGUCAAUGCUGGACUUUAUUGGCAUACAAAGCAAGAAUGAAAAGGGAUUUGUUAGUGUAACUGACCAACGGCCAAGGCCUCUAUUUAUAGCUUUUAGCGCGUAUAUGUACUCACAACAACCACGGUGUGUAGAGGAUACAGUAAGUUAGACACAGUCGGUGUGAUAUAUCUGUCAACAAACCCAUUAUUGAUGUAAAAGCCUGUGAGAAACAGUCCUGGUGAAAUCCACUGACCAGGCACAACAUUAUGAACACCUGGUAGAUGUAAUGAAGCCAAUACCACAUAAAUUCUGCUUUUAGGAAGCUUUAUUAGUCAUCAAUCACUUUCUGUUGAUAUUAUCAGACAGGUGACUUUUGUACUUUGUAUUUACAGUAGAAGAUGUAGUGGGUGUUAGUGUACUGGGGUGUGUUAUACUGAAAUGUGUUCCUUAUAUUUUGUCCACUUUAUUAACAAAUAUGAGUGGAGCAAAUGAUCAGGAAAACCUUUCUAUAUAGUGCACCCCAAUCAAACCAAAAAUGUAGAGCUUUUCUAAUGGGUUACCCAGGUGUUCAUAAUGUUAAUUCCUCAUGUGUAUAGUGACAUGCAAUACUUAAUCUGGUCCUGUGUUCAGUUAGUUCACGUCAGAUUGACUCUUUGCAUCCCUCAGUGUAACACAUGUUAUUGUGAAGUUGUAGUUUGUAAAUAUGAUUGUUAACACCUUUCCUCUCAGGUGAAUGGUCCCGAUGGCCUGCUGCAGAAUGGAGACGACCCUGUGGUUAAAGCCAGUCAGCUGCUGGCUGAGUUAAACUUUGAGGAAGACGAAGAGGACACCUACUACACCAAGGAUCUACCCAUCCAUGCCUGCAGGUAAAUGUCCAGACUGAAGAUGAACAUGUCAUUGACAGAGGGUGAUUGCUGAUGUAUUCUUAAAAGCUAGUAUUUAUUUGUAAAUUUAAGUAAGCUAAAAACUCACAUGCGUUGUAGCACUUUUAAAAGCUGUGAGUAAAUUUUAUUUUGAAAAAAAAAGAUAAAUGACUUUUGUUCACAUUCUGUUACUGCAAAAUUUUUAUCAUUUAUGUUUUAGUGAUGUAAACAGAGAAGCAUACAUUCACACUACCUGGAAUCUUGAAAUGUUAAAUGAGUAUGUUUGAGAUCAACACUUUUAAUAGUAUUGCUCUUUAUUUCUAUUUAAAUUUUCACUCAUUUUUUUUUAGUUACUGUGGGAUUCAUGAUCCAGCCUGUGUGGUUUACUGCAACACCAGCAAGAAGUGGUUUUGUAAUGGCCGUGGAAACACAUCCGGCAGGUAAAAUGCACUGACUUAUCUGCUCUUUUAUUGACCCUCCUUUUUAAUGUAGUGCGCUAAAUGAACUGGGAGAAAAUCAUUGAACCGGUUCAAUAUUACAAUAGCAGAAGCACAGUGCACGGCAGCUGCAGUAAUGAUCGUUUGUUCCGCUCAGCAGCCUCUCUCAUAAGUGGACAGUGUUUGGUUAUGGAGUUAGAAUCAUAAUAAAGAGUUAUGCUCAUUGACUUUUAAGGGCCACUUAUACCAAAAUUAAGUUAUCAAGUACUGUUAUAAGAAGAAGGAAAACUGUUUUAAUCUUUGAUGAAGCCUGAUGUAGUUUUAAUGAAUAAAUAUGAAACUAAGAUUCGACCUUAAAAAUUGAAACGAAAAACAUUAAAAUACUGACUGGGUGUCCUUCUGUGUGUUAAGUUUAUACCGUUUCAUAACAUUAGGAUAUUUUGUUUAUCAGGAACUUUAUGUGCAGUUCUUUAUAUUUAAACAGCUAUUUGACAAACUUUGUUAGAACUUAAUAUCUUUAUUGCCAAAUUUAGCCUGAUCUUACGCUCUGUAAUUAAACUUGUCUGUAGAUACCUUUAAGAAAAAAUACUAAAGUCUUAUUUUAAGAAACUGCAUCAGUUUUUGUAUUUCUCAGAGCACACAAUAUACAUUCUUCUGAAUUCUUCAGCCUUUAUGUUUGCGUCUGAAUCACAUCUCCCUGGUGCUUUAAAUGUCAUUCUCUUCACCUUCAGCCACAUUGUGAACCACCUGGUAAGAGCAAAGUCCAAGGAGGUGACCCUGCAUAAAGAUGGCCCUCUGGGGGAAACAGUCCUUGAGUGCUACAACUGCGGCUGUCGAAACGUCUUCCUCCUGGGCUUCAUCCCUGCUAAAGCUGAUUCAGUAGUCGUGUUACUGUGCAGGUAAGAACAUUUUGAUGCCGUCUGAUCUUUUUGCAGAGAGAGGCAAAUCAUUGGGAAUACUGAAUCUGACUGUUAUCUUUGGCUGCAUUUGUGUUGGGUUGUAACACAGGCAGCCAUGUGCCAGCCAGAGCAGCUUGAAGGACAUCAACUGGGACAGCUCACAGUGGCAGCCACUUAUCCAGGACCGCUGCUUCCUGUCCUGGCUCGUCAAAAUCCCGUCAGAGCAGGAACAGCUCCGUGCUCGUCAGAUCACCGCCCAGCAGAUCAACAAGCUGGAGGAGCUCUGGAAGGUUCUGUCAAUGCAUUUUUUAAUGCACACACCCAUCAUUGUACUGUGCAAAUAUUAAAAAAACUCACAUAACUUGAAUUGAAGCAAGGUAGGGCUUAUCUAUAAAAGCAACCAAUUAUAUUUAUAUAGUUGAUAAACAACUUUGGUGCGUCUGCUGAGCCUCUUUGUUUGUUCAGUAUUGGUUUCACUUCUUGAUUCAGGCCUGAGUUUCUGUCUGUUGUAGUUUCCUGUUGUAUACAAGCUCACAUUUUACCCUGCAGUUAUUUUGUCCAUCUGUCAUUUUGCUCUGAUAAAUAUAGCAGAUAUUCACAAUGGAGGAACAGGUAUUAUGUGUUGCAAUAAUGAUAGUAAGCUGUAACAUGGUGACUGUGCGCUAACAUAGACAAAACCAGGAUCCUGAAACCAAAGCAGGAUUCAUUAACAGUCCUGUAUUUUCAUUUAAACCUUUGACACGCUGCUUUUACUUGAGUGAAGAAGGCUCGAAUGUCUGAGUGUCACCAGAUAACAUAUUUGACCGUAUAAAUGAUUACUAGCAGCUCUUAACUGAUCUUUACUUUGCUUUUCUGUCCACAUCCUGUGUAUGUUUUUUCUUUCUCGUAGGAAAAUCCUACUGCCACCCUGGAGGACCUGGAAAAGCCCGGUGUGGACGAGGAACCCCAACAUGUACUGCUACGCUAUGAAGAUGCCUACCAGUACCAGAACAUCUUUGGCCCUCUGGUGAAGCUGGAGGCAGACUAUGACAAGAAACUCAAAGAGUCUCAGGUAAAGAAAAAAAUCAGAAAACGGAGUGAAAAAGAAGUCAUACUCCAAUAAUUAAGACUGCCAAAGUGUCCAAUGAGUAAUUUGAUUUUAAUUUAAGAACUUUUUAAUAAAGAAAGAUGACUUUGAUUUGAAUCUGGAAGUUCACCUCACCAAAAAGAAAAAAAAAUGACUAUCAAACAUGAAUUUUGUUGAACUAUUUGAAAGUGAAGUUGUGAAUUAAAUAUGUGUAGUGUAUAUAGAUUUUUUGUAAGUGUUUUUUCUUUAAGUAUAUUAAUAUUACUCUCUAACAGACUCAAGACAACAUCACAGUCAGAUGGGACCUGGGCCUGAAUAAAAAGAGAAUCGCUUAUUUCACCCUUCCUAAGACAGACUCAGGUAUUUCUUCUCAGUUUGUUAUUGUUAUCAUGUUUCGUCAAGGAGUGAUAUUUCUACGUUAUCCUGGUAUGAACAGACUUGUUUUUCUAUUUUCCUCCAGACAUGCGACUGAUGCAGGGAGACGAAAUUUGUUUGAGGUACAAAGGAGACCUGGCCCCUCCAUGGAAAGGCAUCGGGCAUGUCAUCAAAGUUCCUGAUAGUAUCCUUAAUACUGUGCUGUCGAGAGGCUGUACUUAUCAGGAGACUGUGUUUGACCUCUGUUUUUUCUACCAGAUCAAGCUUCAUGUAGAUAUGCUGUCAGUAAAAUUAAUCUUUAGUAGCCUCUAGUGGCAGUUUUUAGAAACUACAACAACAUCUGCAAAAACAUGUUCAAUAUUAAGAAUGACUGUUACAGAUUUUCAGCAAUAAGACUAUGAGCUGGAAAUAAAAUAAAAAAAUAACUCUGACUCAUUGUAAACUCUUCUAUAUGGUACUGUAUGUGGUCAAAUUAUUCUCCUUGACUUUCUGCACCAGACUAUGGUGAUGAGAUCGCCAUAGAGCUGAGGAGCAGUGCUGGGGCUCCAGUGGAGAUCCCUCACAACUUUCAGGUCGACUUUGUUUGGAAAUCCACUUCCUUUGACAGGUGAUCAUAAGAAAAAGGCACACACUAUUUUAGCUUAUUUUUGUGUAAGUACAAUCAGCCCAUCUUCAAUUUUGACGCUUCCCUUGUGUUAGGCUUGUGGAAAAAAAACUUUACUUAAUACAAGUAAACUAACACAUCAGUGUUUUUGGUGAAGCUUCUCAUCAGAGGAAUCGUUUUUAUCAAAGGUUGUCCACUAAUUGUUUUGCCUUUUGUAGAUCAGGUCUAAAACGUUCAGUUAAUAUUCCCGUCGUUGUUGUUCAGAAUGCAGAGUGCCCUGAAGACAUUUGCUGUGGAUGAGACUUCAGUGUCUGGUUACAUCUACCACAAACUGCUGGGACACGAGGUCGAGGACGUGGUCAUCAAGUGUCAGCUGCCCAAACGCUUCACUGCUCAGGGCCUGCCUGACCUUAACCACUCCCAGGUGAGUUACAAACUGUGACGUGGAAGAGAAACAGCUGUAGAUAUCACACCCUUAUUCAGAUAUCAGGUAACAUGUCUGAUCAUACACAGUUUUGAGAGUUUAUUCUCAUCACAGAGACAACUUUCCACUUGUGGCUUUUAGGUCCAGUGUAUUUAUUUUCUCUUACAGCUGCUGCAUGAAGUUUUACAGGUCCUGUGUCCUCCUUAGAUCUAACCCGAAUGUGUUUUGUUGUGAUGCAGGUGUACGCUGUCAAAACAGUGCUGCAGCGUCCCCUCAGUCUGAUUCAGGGUCCUCCUGGCACAGGAAAGACUGUCACCUCUGCCACCAUUGUCUACCACUUGGCUAGACAGGGCAAUGGGUAAGAAGUGUGUUAAUGUCUAUUAUUAUAGCUGCAAGAGAGGGCUGGUGUUAUUCUAAUCAUUGAGCAGGUAGCUUUUUGUCUGUGGGUAGUUUGGUGAUUCUAACUAUAGAAGAGGGUUUGCCUUUGUUUCAUGGUCUCUCUGACAGUGUUGUAUUAUUUGCUCUUCCAGGCCGGUGCUUGUUUGUGCUCCCAGUAACAUCGCUGUUGAUCAGCUCACAGAGAAAAUCCACCAGACUGGACUCAAGGUGGUGAGGCUAUGUGCCAAGAGCAGGGAGGCUAUCGACUCGCCUGUGUCCUUUUUGGCUCUGCACAACCAGACCCGUAACAUGGACAGGUAACUCAUACCUGGUUAAAAGUCUUUUUGAAAGGAGCUUAAUUUUGUAUGCGUCAGGUCAGCUUUGACAUUCAUACGGAGUACUUUCACACACAUCAACAGCACAGAAAAUGAUUACCCUUUAACAGUUGAUUAUGUGGAUGGGAUAAUGUUGUACUCACACGGUGUUAAAAUGAUUUGUACCUGCAGCAUGCCUGAACUUCAAAAGCUCCAGCAGCUGAAGGAUGAGACUGGAGAGCUGUCCUCCUCGGACGAAAAGCGCUACAGAGCUCUGAGACGCACCGCUGAGAGGGAACUGCUAAUGGUAUGAAGUACUCGUCUUACUGAACUCGGAGCACUGCCAAGUAUUUUCAAGUACUUAAUGGUUUUUGUGUUCAAACCAUUUUCCACUAAGUUCCCUUUAGCUGAGUAUGUUUUGUGGUACCAGUUAUAAAAAAAAACUUGAAAAGAUGAAGAGAAACCAAAGAUUUUAAGCAUUUAAUGUUAAACCAUUUAUAAACAUGUCCUCUCUUUUCUCAGAACGCUGAUGUGAUCUGCUGUACCUGUGUUGGAGCGGGGGAUCCUCGUCUGGCUAAGAUGCAGUUCCGUUCAAUCCUGAUUGAUGAGAGUACCCAGGCCACUGAGCCAGAGUGCAUGGUGCCUGUUGUCCUCGGGGCCAAACAGGUGAGAGUGUCAUGAGUGGAAAUUCAUCGUUUAUUUUAUAGCAUGAACUUUUUUUCCCCCCCUGUUGCAGGUUUUAUAUUGUCCUUUUUUUCCCCAACAGUUGAUUCUUGUGGGUGAUCACUGCCAGCUCGGUCCUGUCGUGAUGUGUAAGAAAGCAGCUAAAGCUGGUCUGUCCCAGUCUCUGUUUGAGCGCCUGGUGGUUUUGGGGAUCCGACCGAUACGUCUGCAGGUCCAGUACCGCAUGCACCCGGCUCUCAGCGCCUUCCCCUCCAACAUCUUCUAUGAGGGCUCACUGCAGAACGGAGUCACUGCUGGUAAGAUCAGAAGAGGAUGUUUGAUGAUGCUUAGCCCCCGAUUACUUUUUCAAGCUUUGAACCUGACAUCUAAAUUUUCUGCUUAACAAUAUUGAUACUCACAAACAUGGAGAGUAUUAAGAGAGGAAAUUUGACGACUUUUCUUUUGUGUCCACAGUUGUUGUUGUUCUUUUCAAAGCAGUGCUAGAUUUGGUGCGCCUGUGUUUAAACUUUGCUCUCCUUUCCAUUUGUUUGCCUCUUCUCCAGCUGACCGUGUAAAGAAAGGCUUUGACUUCCAGUGGCCGCAGCCUGACAAGCCGAUGUUCUUUUAUGUCACUCAAGGCCAAGAGGAAAUUGCCAGCUCUGGAACAUCUUAUCUUAACAGGUUUCAAUAUUUGAUCAUAAUGUCCACCUAGAUGCUUACAUAAAGCAGUAUGAUGGGUAUUAUCUGUUAUUUUUCAUAUCUGACUGUUCUGAUUUGACUCUUUAAGUGAUGAAGAGAUAUCACAUCACUUCAUACGGCACAAACUUCAGACUUGAAUGACUGGCUCCUGUGGCAUGUCAAAUUAGCGUUAAAAAUGUUCUUGUUAUAUAAUCACCACUCUUCUUCAUUGUCCCUGUAGGACUGAAGCAGCCAACGUGGAGAAAAUAACCACCAGGUUGCUGAAGGCUGGAGCGAAACCAGAUCAGAUUGGCAUCAUUACACCCUACGAGGGACAGAGGUCCUACCUGGUCCAGUACAUGCAGUUCAGCGGCUCCCUCCACACCAAACUUUACCAGGUCAAGUUACAUUUGUUGACAUCAUUCUUUAUCAGAUAGAAGUUUAACAACUUUUCAAAUGAUUCUUCUUAUUCAGAGACUCAGUUUGACUGUGUUUUGUCCUCUUUAGGCAACGAGUGUUACAAUGCCGCUCUUGUUAAUGACAGUCAGGCCCCCACAAAGCAUGCUCUUGGUUCUGUAUGGCCACAAAAUGAAAGUGAAAAAUGUUCAAGCACAGCACUUCAGGUCUGAAUUCUGACUGAGAUUCUAGAGUUUCAAGGAUUUUGUGGAGGUAAAUGGAGGGACUCUGAGCUUUGAGAGACCAUUGUGACAACAUUCAGGAAGCAGACUCUCAUUUUGAGCACGCACUGGCUGUCACUUUCAAACAGGUUCAAAUGAAAGGAGUUGCCCUUGUGGAUGAUUAUUCGUAAAAACACCAGGUAUCUUUGUGAAAAACUGAAAUACGAAGAAGAUGGAAAAUCGUUAACUUUAUGUUUUGAUAGUGGAUAAGAUGGCCUGAGAAAAAUAUGACAAACUGAUUUAAGGAAGCGACAGCUGUUUCACUGGAUGUUUGAUUAGCAAACAUAUAUCUACAAUUUUGACUUUAUUUAUAGACACUUUUGCCUUUACUGAGAGGAUAGGCCAGUGGGUAGAGUGGGAACCUGGGAGACUGACAUACAAUAAAUGGCCACAGGCUCUGAUCAAACAAACAAGAACAAAGUACUCAAAGAGCACCUGUAUGUGAUUAAAACAAAGACCCAGCAGUGUCUCCACUUUUUCUGUUAUCUUUUUGUUGACUGUUUCUUUUUCUAAAUUCCCUCCAAAGGAGGUGGAAAUAGCCAGUGUUGAUGCCUUUCAAGGCAGGGAGAAGGACUUCAUCAUACUGUCCUGUGUGAGGGCCAAUGAGCACCAGGGCAUCGGCUUCCUCAAUGAUCCCAGGCGUCUCAAUGUAGCACUGACCAGGGCAAGGUAGAACAUUUUAACCUCAAGUAUUUCACAAUCUUCAUGCAUGACACUGUCGUCAACAUCAAAAACACAUCCUCAACUAAAGCUUUUAAUCAUGAAGUGUCUUUCUUCUUUUGUGUCUCAGGUACGGUGUGAUCAUCGUGGGGAACCCGAAGGCUCUGUCCAAGCAACCUCUGUGGAACCACCUGUUGAACUACUACAAGGAGCAGAAGGUUCUGGUUGAAGGGCCCCUCAACAACCUGAGGGAGAGCCUGAUGCAGUUUAGCAAACCCCGCAAGCUGGUCAACACCAUCAAUCCUGUGAGUGUGUGUCUUUCAUUUCAACUUUUCUGAUAUGGCAUGUGAAGGAUGUAGGGUGUAGUGUUUUAGGAUGAGAAAGCGGGGUAAAUUUGUGUGCUUGUGAGAGAGUUAUUGGUCUUUUGUUUUGCAGGGGGGUCGAUUCAUGAGCACUGCCAUGUAUGAUGCCAGAGAGGCUCUUAUUCCUGGAUCUGUUUAUGACCGCAGUAGUAACGGUGAUUUUUUUGUUAUGUCAAACAUUGGUCUUAAAAACAUAAUCCCAUUUCAUGUGCCAGAUAAUUCAAAGUGGGACCAAAAUAACCGGAUACUUCUUUUGGUACAGGACGGACAUCCAAUAUGUAUUUCCAAACCCAUGACCAGAUUGGAAUGAUCGGCACAGGACCCAAUCCAAUGACAUCUAUGAACAUCCCCAUCCCCUUCAACCUGGUGAUGCCCCCCAUACCUCCACCUGGGUACAUGGGACAGGUUAAUGGACCUUCAGGAGGUGAGAAGGAUAUAAGACCGUAUGCUGAGGCAUGAUGAUGAGUAUAGAGUUCUUGGUGUGUGUCUGUUAAAGCUGAUGUGAAAUGAUGUUAUUUACUUCAAGGCCGCGGUGGAGGAAUGAAAGGCAAGGCAGGCGGUGGAGGAGGCAGCGGGGCUCGAGGUGGUCGCCAGAGAAACCGAGGCAGCAUGGGGAACCAAGGCGGAGGAGAGCGCGGGCAGCACGGAGGCCACAUGAGCGGCAGCCAGGCCAGCCAAGACCUGGGCUCCCAGCCGUUCUCCCAGGGGCCUCUGACGCAGGGCUACAUCAACAUGAGCCAGCCGUCGCAGAUGAGCCAGCCGGGGCUCUCCCAGCCUGAACUCUCACAGGUCUGUUCAUUCAUAUCUCAUCCAGAAAGAAUAAAAACUUUAUCAUUAUUAGGUAUGAACAGAUUUUAUGAAGUGCUAAGUUUGUGGACUUUUACAAAGCGAGCCUUUCAUUCAUAACGGUUAGUGCUCAGGUCCAGGGCUGUCAGCACAUUUAUUCCAAGUCUUGGUCCAGCUCUCAAGACCUCAUCUUUUCUAAAACCACUUUUCCAGUCCUGCCUGGAAAAGAAUGAGGGAGUGAUUGUGAGUGGAUUCUUUAACUUUUUGUUUUUCCCAUUAUAGGACAGUUACCUCGGAGACGAGUUCAAGUCCCAGAUUGAUGUGGCUCUGUCCCAGGACUCCACCUACCAGGGGGAGCGGGCCUACCAACAUGGUGGUCUGACUGGACUGUCCCAGUACUAG